AAACCGCUCGUUGUCACGCAAAGCAGAGCUCCAACGCUGAGAUUUAGAUAGCAUAGAAGUUUAGCCGUUUUAUGCGUGUAGUAAUAACGCCUGCAUUUUAAACUAAAUAUAGUGUUGUUUAACAGACAGGACUGUAAUAUUUAACGGUGCCACUUCAGUUCUCACUACUAAGGAGAUGUUAAUAUAAACUACAAUGUUAUUGUUCCACCUACGUUAUGAUGUACAACAUAUGUAAUAAACCAUAUUUUUAAGAAAAUAAUAAAGAAGGAAAGAAAUCGAUUCAAUAAAGAGUUGCAGAUGAAAUUAUAAAAAUAGACGAGCCGUCUCCAGACACAAUCAAAUUUGAACCCUUUCCAAUAUGGCGGACGCGUUGACGUGGUUAGCAACAGCGGCUAAUGUGAUGACGAGUUAAGCAGAUUGCAAAAACAGACACUAGCUUCAUUGCUACCUGACAGGUGUGACCUGUGGUGCUGGUUCACAAGAUAAAGAAAUUAAUAAAGAAUGACUGGAUACAGUGAAGAGUGUCUGUUCUUCAUCCCUGCACCAGACCUGAAGAAACUCUACAGUGUUUUUCUGUCAUUUCUCAGUUUUUCAUCUCAAGCAGAUGAAGGAGAGCUGAGAAACAGCCAGGUGAAGACAUGCAGAGAGCUUUUGCAUUUGCAUCCAGAUCUUAUUGCAUCCCCUGUGUUGGGCUCUUACGGUGGGAUCAGAGUUGUACUCACUAUAACGUUUUUCAGGAGAGGCAUCAUCCAGGCUUAUGCACAGAGCCACAAUUUGCAGAUCAGUUCUCCUCAGAGGGUUCUGCCUAGCAUGCUGCAGACGUGUCUGUCUUACUCCUUCACUGCUCGACUGGCACCGAACUGGAACAGAGCAGGACAAUAUUUAAUCCCAGGAAAGGACUUCCUGUCUGAUUCUAGCAAACGCAUUGCUGUUGUCAUGGAGCUGAAUGUGAAUGAGACCGAACUGUGUGUCAGCGUGGAGGCCAGUACUAUAAGACUUCCUCCUGUAACACUGAGAGACUUCGAUGUUCCAGCUCCUGUGAUGGAAAGAUUUCUGAAUAACCAAGAGACAGUUCUCCACACCAAAGCACCAAAUAACUGGUGCUACGUUCUCCCAAGCAUGAAGAAGGGCCAGGUUGUCAGCAUUGGGCGCACGCUGCCACCAGAGUGUCCUUUCCAGACUUACGCUGAUCUUCAGAAGCACUGGAACGGCAUGUAUGGCUACUGUCUGCCUCCACAGAACGAGGAUGAGGUGCUGUACUGCAGUGUGUAUUUUAAACCGCUUGGCGAGAAGCUUUUCACAUAUCCAUUGUGCUGUAUUCGCAUUCUGCCAGUACAGUGUUUUCCCCGAGUGAACCUGCAGGGGGCGCUCAGAGCCUUUAUAUCCGAUGUCAGAAGCCUAAUGGAGAAUGUUUGUGGCUUUCCAGCCCAAAUGGCCAGCAAACCCUGCUACCAUACCACCAAUCUGAGCAGACCUAGUUUACAAGUAUAUGAGGACUCUGGGGCCUUACCUGCAAACCUGACCUUCAAGAGCUCUAGCAGACUCGUGCUGAGCCAGCUCCCUAAUGUUUUCCCUCCAGAGACGGUGCCUCUUUCACACUUAGCAUCUUCUCCAUGGCCCCUAAGUCAACCUGUCGGUCUGAGCAACAUCAGACAUCCAACUACAACCAAUGGACACGGGAAUCCUCAAAUCCCCGACCCCAUUUUGCAGUCAUUUCAUUUCCAUCGCACUGAGCCAUGCCAGUUCCCGUCAUCCUUCACCUCAAUCCCAUCGUUCUCCUCUUCCUCGUCCGUCUCCGCUAACCAACCUUUGCUUAGCAACACUCAGCUUUUCACACAGAGACCCAAACUGGUGCCUAUCUUCACAAACAAGUCACUGACCUGCCAUGUUAACGUCACAAAGAUCCUGGCUGAGAAAAAACAACAGAAACAAGAAGAAGCGCAGUGUGUGUCUAGAGCAGCCGUUCAAAUAUCCUCCUGUUCUCCUAUAUCGUCUGCAUCAUCACUUCCUAGAGUGUCUCUGCCAUUUUUUAAGGACCGUAAAAGAGACCACAAUGUCUGCACUUCCGCACCAGUACAACCACUCUUUCAAACAAAACCCGCACCCAUGACUGAGAUCAAAAGAGGGGGCGAAGUAUUUGAGUCACACCCAAAGAAAGCCAAAGUCAACAUACAGGAAGUGGAUGUGGUGAAGUAUGCAAGAAGCAAUCAGCUGGGAAAGAUCACCAUAGCGACUCUGCAGGCCUGGCUGAAAGGUCAAGGCAUCACCGUGCGUUCAAAGGACAAGAAGGAGGACCUGAUCUCAAAGGUCAUGCAGUGCCUGAGUGAACCAUGAGGCAGGGAGUCGGCAUCCAGACAGCUCCUGCAGGUUUAGAGUUCCUCUCUCAGGUAAUCCACACCGGAGCAGAGGUCUAGCCUGUAGCUUUUCCCUUAUGGCGCUCAACAUGAAGGAAGGAAUAACAUGAGCUGGCCAUGAGUUGUGUUAUGCUUUAGUUUCUUUUUUUUUCUUUUGCUCGGCCAAGUUCAGCACGGUGUUACGUUAGGCUCUGAGCAGAAACAACUCGAUCUUAUAGACUGAAUGCUGGUCUAAGUUAAGAAUAUAUGAAUGUACAUUUCUCUCUACGAGGUUUGAACUUGUUCGUUUUGGUUACUUUGUGAUACAGUUGUACAAUUAAAUAUAAAACAAGGCCAUCCGUUGUUUUAUUUUUUCCAGCUUGAUUUUAUAACAUAUUGUGACGUGAAAAAUCUGAAUACAAAUAUGUUUCCUGUU